AUGCCUUUAGAUAAGAUCUGCAGUGAGGAAACUGUGAACGAUCUACUGGACCGGCUCACUUUAAGGCAGUUGCAUUUAAUGGAAGAAAAAAUGUGCCGAGAAUUAAACAUAGAAUCUAACAUAAACAAUGGUUGCUUCAAUUUAGCUAAGUCGCGAUACAUUAUGGGCCAGACGGCAGUUAGUAAAGAAAGACUACCCACAGAGGCUAGCUCAGAAUUCUCAGCUUUAACAAGGUGUGAGACUAUAGAAGAAGACGGUGAGACGAAACUUAAAAUUGUUGAAAAUGAUACAAAUACUGUAAAUCCAAUGCACUGGUUUGGUGUAUUAGUGCCUCAGAAUCUUCAUAAAGCAAAAAUCAUGUUUCAAAAUGCACUUAACUUUAUAGUGGAGUGUGCCAACAUACAAAUACAAAUACAGGAAAAUUUAAAAAAUUUUGAUGCAUUGAAACAGUACAAAGUGAUGUUAAACCCAUGA